UCCCUCGCUUUCCUUCAGAUUCUAGCCUACCAAACAAGAAUUUUCUCCUCCCAAUCAGAUUCUCAGUCGUUGUCCAACGUACGGUGGAUCUUCUCCUCUGUGGAGAUCGGUGUCGUACUAUCGUCAUCGUUCGCCAAAUCGGGAGAGCGUUCUUGUUUCGUCGAUGGCGAUUUCUCCAUCGGCUUCUGCCAUUUCAUUGCUGAAUUCGCAGGAACCGUGUAGGAUUACUGCGUUCGAUUCGAAGGACUCGCGUUCUUUCUUGCUCGCGGGUUCUCCCCUUCAAGUUCUUCGGAUCCGAACUGGGGACUUGCGGAUCUCCUACUCUUCGUCAAGGCCUCGAAGUACUCCUCUCGCCAUCAAAGCGAAGAAGCAGACAUAUGACUCAUUUGAGGAUUUGCUGGUGAAAUCGGAAAAGCCAAUUCUGGUCGACUUCUAUGCUACCUGGUGUGGACCCUGCCUGUUCAUGGUUCCGAUACUCAAUGAAGUGAGCACAAUUCUCGGAGACAAGAUCCAGGUUGUGAAGAUCGAUACUGAAAAAUACCCCAGUAUUGCUAACAAAUACAGGAUAGAGGCACUUCCUACAUUUAUCCUAUUCAAAGACGGGACACCGUGUGAUCGCUUUGAGGGUGCAUUGACUGCCAGACAACUCAUCCAACGAAUUGAGAAUUCAUUGGAAGUGAAGCAGUAGCUGGAUGGAACUAUCAACCAAAGUUCAUAUGAAAGCAAUUCUUAUAAUCAAACGGUAUGUGUUCUGUGUUGGAUCAGAAAGUUUUUCCAAACUGUUGUUGAAGUUGAUUACCAAGGAAAGUAUAGGACAGAUAUAUAUAUGUGCCUUGGUUAUAUCUGAGUUCAAAGAACCUUUUAUUCAUAAGGAAAAACGUAGAGGGUUUAUGUC